UUAACUAAAGAAGUGGAAAGCCAAACUGGGGUGAUUGUUUCCCAUGACACAAUGUGUACACUGCAGAGGAAUGGCCGGCAUGGGUGUCUUCCAUGAAGGAAGCCUCUCCUAAAGCCCAUGCAUAAUAAAGUCAGCCUAGAUUUUGCCAGUUCCCAUGCUGAAAAAGACUACAGGGAUUCUGUACUCGAGUGAUAAGACCAAGAUAAAUGUUUUUGGAACUGAUGGCUUCAAAACUGUAUGGCAUUGCAAAGGUGAGGCGUACAAAGAAAAAUGCAUGGUGCCUCAAGUGAAACAUGGUGAUGGCAGUGUCCUUCUGUGGGGCUGCAUGAGUGCUACU